CCUCCUGUGGCCGGAUCGCGCUGUGCCCGCAGUGUGUGUGUGUUGGGGGAGAUGUGACACUGAGCGCCCAGCCAGGCCGGAAUGUUGCCGCUUCUCCGGUCCUCCCCGACACUCCAUCCGAGUCCGGGCUGCGGAGAGCUGUGACUCUUCCAACAGAGGAGUCCCCCCGCCGUCCUUCUCCUCUGCCCGGGGAUCUCACCGCUUUCUAUGGCAAGAGAGAAACUGCCCGGAACAUGUUGACUUAAUAAUCCGGACCUGGGGAGAGAGAGAGAGAGAUCUACUGGAUCCCAGCUCUGUGAUUACUGGAAGCAACCUCCCCCCCUCUUAUUACUGGAUCCCUCCACCUUCAUACUGGAUCCCUCCGCCUUCAUACUGGAUCCCACCAGAUGACUGGAUCCCAGGAGCUGCACACCUGAUGACUGGAUCCCAGGAUCUCCAGAUCUUCCUUUCCUCUUUGUUACUUGGAGAGAAUUUUUAAUUUAUUUUUUUGUUACUGUUGCAACCUGAGCAGCUGGGAGCAAAUCAGCAGCAGGCAUGAAUAAUGUCUACCCCUCUCCUCAAUGAAGUUGGUCUUCUCUGACUGGAUUCUUUAAGGAAUACAAAGAAAUCAUUACGAGGGAUCAAUAAUGGUGUCUCCUGGCGGCAGAAUGCAAACCCAUUGGUUGUUCCUUCUUAUCGCCAUCUUGCAGUGUACAGAAGGGUUCACAAGAGCUGCACUGCCUUUUGGCUUAGUUCGGCGGGAGCUUGCCUGCGAAGGAUAUCCCAUCGACCUCCGAUGUCCAGGAAGUGAUGUCAUUAUGAUUGAAAGUGCCAACUACGGGCGUACAGAUGACAAGAUCUGUGACGCAGACCCCUUUCAGAUGGAAAACACAGACUGCCAUCUUCCGGACGCCUACAAAAUCAUGUCCCAAAGGUGUAACAAUAGGACACAGUGUGUGGUGAUCACAGGUUCAGAAGUGUUCCCUGACCCAUGUCCGGGAACGUAUAAGUACUUGGAAGUCCAAUAUGAAUGUGUCCCAUACAAAGUGGAGCAAAAAGUUUUUGUUUGCCCUGGGGUGUUGAAAACAGUGGUGGACUCUCCAUAUAUUUAUGAAGCAGAGCAGAAGGCGGGUGCAUGGUGCAAAGACCCCCUCCAAGCCGCAGAUAAAAUUUAUUUUAUGCCGUGGACUCCGUACCGUACGGAUACGUUAAUGGAAUUUGCCUCUUUGCAAGAUUUUCAGAAUUUCCGACAGACUACAACCUAUAAACUUCCCAACCGAGUGGAUGGCACGGGAUUUGUGGUUUACGAUGGGGCCGUGUUUUUUAAUAAGGAGAGGACAAGAAACAUUGUUAAGUUUGACUUGAGGACUAGAAUUAAGAGUGGAGAGGCCAUUAUCAAUUAUGCCAAUUACCACGACACAUCCCCUUAUCGAUGGGGUGGAAAAACUGAUAUAGACUUGGCUGUUGAUGAGAACGGCUUGUGGGUGAUCUAUGCGACGGAACAAAACAAUGGAAUGAUAGUUAUCAGCCAGUUAAAUCCUUACACUCUCCGGUUUGAGGCCACAUUCGAAACCUCCUAUGACAAGCGGGCAGCCUCAAACGCCUUUAUGAUUUGUGGUGUCCUCUAUGUGGUGCGGUCAGUCUAUCAAGACAAUGAAAGUGAAACCGGAAAGAAUGCAAUCGACUACAUCUUCAACACCAAGCUGAACCGAGGAGAACCUGUUGAUAUUCCUUUCCCCAAUCAGUAUCAAUACAUCGCCGCAGUGGAUUACAACCCUAGGGAUAACCAGCUGUACGUGUGGAAUAACAACUUCAUUCUACGAUACUCUCUAGAGUUUACCCUUCAGGACCUAGCCCAAGUGCCUACAACCAUUGUGGCAGAAACAUUGCCGCCGGAAGUAGUUCAAACCACCAUAUCCACAACAACUACCACCACCUCACAGAAAGGUCUUGUUAGCACAACAUCUGCAGGAGGUAUGAAGGAGGGGAGCCGUGGACCGAAACCUCCUCCUGUAAUGUCAACUACACGGAUUCCACCAAUUACCAGCACCUCACCUCUGCCGGAAAAGUUCUGUGAAGCACGAGAUGCCAGGGGGAUCAGCUGGCCGCAGACACAGAGGGGAGUGGCUGUGGAACGUCCCUGUCCCAAAGGAACUCGAGGAACGGCUUCAUACCUCUGUCAGAUUGCCACCGGCACCUGGAACAUCAAGGGCCCAGAUCUCAGCAACUGUACCUCACACUGGGUCAACCAACUGGCCCAAAAGAUUAGAAGUGGAGAGAACGCUGCUAGCCUCGCCAAUGAGCUGGCGAAACAUACCAAAGGUCCCAUAUUUGCUGGUGAUGUCAGCUCCUCGGUAAGACUCAUGGAGCAGCUGGUGGACAUCCUGGAUGCUCAGUUACAAGAGCUGAAGCCCAGUGAAAAGGACUCGGUUGGGCGCAGUUAUAACAAGCUCCAAAAACGAGAGAAGACUUGCAGAGCUUACUUAAAGGCAAUUGUUGACACUGUGGACAAUCUGCUAAGGCCAGACGCUCUUCAGUCUUGGAGAGAUAUGAAUUCUUCUGAGCAAACCCAUGCUGCCACCAUGUUGCUGGAUACUCUUGAGGAAGGAGCUUUUGUACUGGCGGACAACCUUGCAGACCCAACGAGGGUCACCAUGCCCACAGAAAAUAUAGUCCUGGAGGUGGCUGUACUCAGUACAGAGGGCCAGGUGCAAGAGUUGAAGUUUCCUCAGGGCAAUAAAGGAGGUAACCUGAUCCAGCUCUCGGCCAACACCGUCAAACAGAACAGCAGAAAUGGUCUUGCCAAGCUGGUGUUCAUCCUGUACAAGAGCCUGGGUCAAUUCCUCAGCACCGAGAAUGCCACCAUAAAACUGGGUGGAGAAUUCGCUAACAGCAACCACACCAUCGCCGUCAACUCCCAUGUCAUCGCUGCCACCAUCAACAAGGAGUCCAGCCGUGUCACUUUAUCGGAUCCCGUGCAGUUCACACUGGAACACAUUGACCCCAACAAUUAUUUCAAUGCCAACUGCUCUUUCUGGAACUACUCUGAGAGAACCAUGAUGGGUUAUUGGUCCACUCAAGGUUGCCGUCUCGUAGAAACAAAUAAAACCCACACAACCUGCGCUUGUACCCAUUUGACGAACUUUGCGAUCCUGAUGGCGCAUCGAGAAAUUGUUUACAAAAACCAGAUGCAUGAACUGCUCCUUACUGUCAUCACAUGGGUGGGCAUUGUCAUCUCCCUGGUCUGCCUCGCCAUUUGUAUCUUCACUUUCUGCUUUUUUCGCGGCCUCCAAGGGGAUCGGAACACCAUACACAAGAAUCUUUGCAUCAACCUGUUUAUCGCAGAGUUCAUCUUUUUGGUGGGCAUUGAUAAAACCAACCAUGAGAUUGCCUGUCCCAUAUUUGCUGGCCUCCUCCAUUUCUUCUUCUUGGCUGCUUUUGCCUGGAUGUGCCUGGAAGGUGUCCAACUUUACCUCAUGCUUGUGGAAGUAUUCGAGAGUGAAUAUUCGAGGAAAAAGUAUUACUACGUUGCCGGAUACCUCUUCCCCGCAACCGUUGUUGGCGUCUCUGCCGCUAUAGACUACAAGAGCUAUGGAACAGAGAAGGCGUGCUGGCUGAAGAUAGACAACAAUUUCAUCUGGAGUUUUAUUGGUCCAGUGGCUUUCAUUAUUUUGGUCAACAUUAUUUUCCUGGUGAUCACGCUGUGCAAAAUGGUGAAGCAUUCCAACUCUUUAAAGCCAGAUUCCAGUCGUUUGGAAAACAUAAACACAAGACCGGUCUGGCAUCCCCACGCUCCAGUGGUCUUGAAUUGUGGACUGAUCCAAGCCCAGAGCAGGCUCCAUAGAGCAGGAACCAUCCACCCCUGGGCUGUGGGGGAACGGCAUUUUUCAGUUGAUCGCAGGAUUGGUAAUUAUCGUGUAUGUGACGGCUACUAUAAUACGGACUUACCUGGAUAUGAAGAUAAUAAGCCUUUUAUCAAGUCCUGGGUUCUUGGCGCAUUUGCACUCCUGUGUCUGCUGGGACUGACGUGGUCUUUUGGUCUAUUGUACAUCAACGAGGAGACUAUUGUAAUGACGUACCUCUUCACAGUGUUCAAUGCCUUCCAAGGAAUGUUUAUCUUCAUCUUCCACUGUGCCCUUCAAAAGAAAGUGCGCAAAGAGUACAGCAAGUGUUUCAGGCACACCUACUGCUGCGGAGGUCUUCCGACCGAAAGCCCCCACAGUGUGGUUAAAACAUCGACGGCAAGAACCAGCGCUCGAUACUCUUCCGGCACCCAGAGUCGAAUCAGAAGAAUGUGGAAUGACACAGUGAGGAAGCAAUCAGAAUCCUCUUUUAUCUCAGGUGACAUAAACAGUACGUCUACCCUUAAUCAAGGAAUGACUGGCAAUUACCUACUAACAAACCCUCUUCUUCGACCCCAUGGCACUAACAAUCCUUAUAACACACUGCUCGCCGAAACUGUUGUAUGUAAUACCCCUACUGCUCCUGUGUUUAACCCACCAGCGAACUACAGAGAGACAAGACAUUCACUGAACAAUGCCAGGGAUUCAAGUGCCAUGGAUACUCUACCGCUAAAUGGUAACUUUAACAACAGCUACUCUCUACGGAAUGGGGAUUACAGUGAUGGAGUACAAGUUGUAGACUGUGGACUAAGUCUGAAUGAUACAGCAUUUGAAAAAAUGAUAAUUUCAGAGCUAGUGCACAACAACCUGCGGUGUAGCAGCAAGAACCACAACCUGGAUCGGUCCCUGCCCAUCAAAACUGUCAUUGGGGGAAGCAGUAGCGAAGAUGACGCAAUCGUUGCGGAUGCUUCCUCCUUAAUGCACGGCGACAACCCGGGGCUGGAGCUCCACCACAAAGAGCUGGAGGCACCGCUUAUUCCGCAGCGGACUCACUCUCUUCUGUACCACCCACAGAAGAAAGUGAAGACCGAAGGAACGGACAGUUAUGUGUCACAGUUGACCGCCGAGGCUGAAGACAAUCUCCAAUCCCCAAACAGAGACUCUCUCUACACUAGUAUGCCCAAUCUACGGGACUCUCCAUACCCAGAUAGUAGCCCAGACAUCGAAGAGGAUUUAUCGCCCUCAAGAAAGAGUGAGAACGAGGACGUUUAUUAUAAAAGCAUGCCAAAUCUCGGAGCUGGACACCAUCUACAGAUGUACUACCAGAUAAGCAGGGGCAAUAGCGAUGGCUACAUUAUACCCAUAAACAAGGAAGGUUGCGUCCCCGAAGGAGAUGUCAGGGAAGGACAAAUGCAACUAGUCACAAGUCUUUAAUAUACAUUUUUAGGAGUACAAAUGGCUCAUGCAGGUAUUAAAAGACUCAAUUUUGUUCAACUGAGGCCACCUUAUUUGUGAUCGGCAGCCUAGUAAGACUCACGCUGCUCUCCAUUGUGUAGGAGAGCGAUGGACUUUUUCAGUUCUGUGAAUUUUUUUUAUAAAUCGAAAAAAUGGGGGAAAAAAAAAAAGAACUUUGUAUAUACACAGAGUAUACUUAAAAUAUUUGUUACAAAGCAAACUGGUACCAACACGGUAUUUAAAAUAUCUGCUGCUGAUGCUUCUGACCGGACUUUGGGGGAGAUAAAAGUAGCAAAUCGGCCAUUUUGUUCAGCAGCUCUGGAACCUAGUUUGUAAAUACGGCUGCCAAUUUGUGAGGCCUGCAUUGUAUUAUAUACAAGAUGUAGGCUCCGAAAUCCUGUGGGAUAGUUUUACUGUACCAUGCUGUUUCUGAAUAGUCUGCAGGAUUUUUUGGUCAUUUUUAUUUUUUAUUUUAUUUUAUUUUAUUUGUAUUUUCUUUCCCUGCUUUGCAGGUCACUGCAGAUUCUAUCCAUUAAGGCAAAGAUUAAACAAACAUGUCUAACCACUAGCAAUCAAGCCACUGGCCUUAUUUCAUAUGUUUCCUCAACUGUACAAUGAACUGUUAUCAUGAAAAUGGCAAAAUAAAUUAUAUUUUGUUCUAUUGCUAGGGUGAAAUACAUUUGUGUCCAACUUGAAGUAUAAUUGUUGAUUUAAAUAAUUUUGAAAGAUUGACAUAAAAUAUUGUGAAAAAUAUCAACUGCACAAAGCUUUUUUUUUUUCUUUUUUUUUAUUAUAUAUACACGCUUGUUCUUUGUGGUAAAAAAUGAAACUUAGUCUGUUUUUUUUUUUUUUUUUUUUUUAUGGAAAGUUGGAUCCCAAUCCCUUUUUAUUGUUUUUAGUUUUGUUUUAAUUUAAUGCCAAAUUAGUUUUUAAAGUAAAAAAAAAAAUUCUUAUAUAUUCAGGAGCCAAUUUUGUCAUUAAUUGCACAAGUUUGGUGAAAUCUGGCAUAUUGUUAAACAGGGAUCAUUGGCACUAACCCUGAAACAAGUGGUGCCUGACCUACAUAUAAAUAUAUAUAUAUUUUUUAAAUAACAGUCCAGAUUAUUACUCCAAGACCUUUUCUGCCUAUGUUUAGCCAUUAAUUUAUUUUAUAAUUAAAGCAAUGUGUACAUUUUCAGUGAAAAAUUUCAUUUUUUAUUUUAUUUUUUAUUUUUAAACCUCAGCUGUUAAUAAAAAGCCCAUCACUAAUAUUGUAAAGAUUAACACCUGUUUGACAGUAAAUAAAUGUGAAUUUUUUUUUCAAAAAUGUUACUGCUGUUUCUAUGGUUUGUAGGGUUGAGACAGUCUGAUCUGAGAGCCCUUUACUGACUUGCUGUAGGGAUAGUGAUAAAUGAUCAUACUUGACAAUAAAACCUCUUUACUUUUAUAA